GAACCUCGCUUUCGAUUUCGCGGCUGCUUUAUAAAAGCCCCGACUUCAGCGCAGGAGGGAGAGGUCGCGUCGGGCUACGAAGGGAGCUGGCGGGCGGCCCAACUGGUUUCCUUUGGAAAGACGCGGCAUCCCUCCAGGCCUCCAAAAUGCAGAUGGCAGCCCCCGUGUGCCUGAUUGAGAACAGGCUGAGCGGCCUCCACAUCUCUCCAGAGGCCCUUCAAUUGCUCUCGCAAAUCCGGAACCAGGUGGUGGUGGUGUCCAUUGUGGGACUGUACCGCACGGGCAAGUCCUACCUGAUGAACAAGCUGGCUGGUAAAAAUUCAGGUUUCUCUUUGGGCUCCACGGUGCAAGCAAAUACAAAAGGAAUCUGGAUGUGGUGCAUUCCCUAUCCGGAAAGGCCUCAUCAAACCCUCGUCCUUCUGGACACUGAGGGAUUGGGUGAUGUGCAAAAGGGCAAUUCUCAAAAUGAUGCCUGGAUCUUCGCUUUGGCCGUGCUGCUAAGCAGCACCCUCGUCUACAAUAGUUUGGGGACCAUUGAUCAGACUGCUAUGGACAAGCUUCAUUUUGUGACGGAGCUCUCUAAACACAUCAGGACAAAGAGUCCAUCCAGCCAUGGAGAUACAGAAGACUCUUCUGAAUUUGUUGGCUUCUUCCCUACAUUUGUCUGGGCUGUGCGAGAUUUCACCCUGCAGCUGGAACGGAAUGGGAAACCCAUCACAGAGGACGAUUAUCUGGAACAAGCUCUGGAAUUAAAAAAAGGUAACAGUCACGAGGAGCAGAUGUUCAAUCUGCCGCGCAAAUGUAUCCGACUAUUCUUCCCCACCCGGAAGUGCUUCAUCUUUGAUCGCCCUACUAGUAGGAAGAACUUACCUCAUCUGGAACAGAUGCAAGAGAGUCAGCUGGAGCCUGAUUUUGUGGAACAAGCAAAGCAGUUCUGUCGCUAUGUCUAUUGGACAUCUCGAGAAAAGACUCUUCCAGGCGGACACAUUGUCACUGGCAACCUGUUGGCAGAGUUGGUCAAGACCUAUGUGGAUGCUAUUCAUAGUGGGAAAGUUCCUUGCUUGGAGAAUGCAGUAUUGGCCUUGUCUGAGAUUGAGAACGCGGCUGCUGUGCGUGAAGCUGGUGCUCACUAUGUGCAAAUGAUGGAGCAAAACCUGAAGCUACCCACUGAGACUCUCCAGGAACUUCUGGAUGUACAUAAAAAAUCUGAGAAAGAGGCCCUCCGGAUCUUCAUGGCUCGUGCUUUCAAGGAUGAUACACGUCAGUUCCAGGGCAAACUUGUGAAAACUGUGGACAGCAAGAAGGAAGAGUACUGCCGCAAAAAUGAGAUGAAAUCUUCUGAAGUCUGUUUAGCUUUACUGAGGUCACUCUCUGAGGGCUUGGAACAGAAGGUCAAGAAUGGAAGCUACUCCCAGCCUGGUGGCCACCAGGAAUUUGUAAAUGACCUGAAACAAGUGGAGGAAAGAUACCAUGAGGCACCUAAGAAAGGAAUAAUGGCGGGGAAGACCCUGAAAGAAUUCCUGCAGGGCAAGGACAGCAUCAGCAAAACCAUUCUUCAAAGUGAUGUAACCCUUAAAGAGAAGGAGAAGGAAAUGGAAGAUGCAAAGGCCAUGGCAAAAGCAGCAGAACUAGAGAGGGAGAUCCAGAAGCAGCAAAUAGAUAUGUUGCAACAGAAGUUGGAUGACCAGAAACAGAGUUAUGAUAUGAACCUUCAGACGCUAGAGGCGCAGAUGGUGGAAGAUAGAAAGAAGAUACUGGAAGAGCAAGAGAAGAUGAUCAGUAGCAAACUCAGGGAACAAGAGGCUUUCUUGAAAGAGGGUUUCGAGAAGGAAGCUAGACAACUGAACGGGGAGAUCCGUCAGCUGAAACAGAAAAGUGAAGAUGUGAAGAAGCCAUCUUGGAUAGCCUCAGCUUUGGGAGUCCUAGGAGACGUGGUCUCAACGGCAUUACCAGGAAUUUGGGGCAAAGCUGUUGGGGCUGUUACUAAUUUGUUCAAGCAUUUCUAAUCCAGAACAAAUGGCCUUAUUUCCUCUCCCAGGAAGUUCCUGUAUAUUCUAGAAAUGACCUGGCUGCAUUCUUACUUGAGUUAUUUUAAAUAUGUUCUGUAAAUGUAAAGUCAUGGUACGCAAAGUCAUUCUUGGACUCUAGGGGCUUGUUUCAAGGAUGGCAUUUUAAGGCUUCAUAGGCUUCCAACAGUCCGUGGCUUCAUGAAACAUCACAAGCUGAGUUCAGGCAUUGUAUUAAGCUCCUGUUGGUUGGUUGGUUUUAAUCCUGAUGUUUUAAGUCAUGUUUGGGGGUUUAUAUAUGACACAAAGCCCAAACUAAACCAAGCACUUAAUGCCUUAGUGCAAUUGGAGAAGUCAUUGUAAGAUAACCAAAGAAAAUGAAAUUUCUUUCAUUUAUGAGAGAAAAGAAAAGAAUAAAACAGGAUAGAAUGAAGCAUAGUGAAUGAAGAUUAUGACCCUAACCUGUUUCCCAAAUAUUGGCUAUUUCCUCAUUAGCAAUUUAUAGUGUUUUAUAGCAUUGUCCACCCAUCACUAUGCCAACAUAACACCAACUGGAGAAGGCUGUAUAGUGCUUUAUGAUUUUGGAUAUUCCUAGAAAAUGUAUUUUCAGUUACAUUGACCACAAGAGGUACCCAUGUCCAGUUUUGUCUUUAUUGGGACUACUCAGACAUCGGUAGCUAUAGAUUGAUAACUUUUUAUCAAUAGAAUAGAAUAGAAUAGAACCGAACCGAACCCCAAGAGGGUUGUGUGGAAGUCAUGCAAACCCUGUAACAUCUCUGUCUCUCUCCUCUGAGAGCUUAAGGGAAGGUGGACUGUAUUUAUCAAUCUGAUCACGCUUCCAGAAAAUAAUAGAAAUGCAAGACCCAGCAGGAGCAGCCUAUGGUGAUGGGGCCACCAGAAAGCUGAGGAAUUCUCUGCUUUUUGGAGAUGCAGGAAACUUCUGCCUUCCACGUGAUUCAGCCACAUCUUUGGAUUGGCUCUUUCAACACCCACCCAAUUUAGGUUAUGCCUUUGAAUGGCCUUUGCGUAGCUUUCUUUCCUUUCCUUGACAAUAUAGAUUUUUAAAUAUGUUCUUUAAUAACAGUGUUAUUGUGUUGCCUGAUGGGUGAGGAGCCCAUUUACACCGUAGUAGCUUCAUAAGCUUGAACUCAAAAGGCCUACUAGAAAAUAUAACAAAGUAGCAUGUUUUAUAGUUUGCUUAAUUAACCCACAUGGAUGGAUAUGCAUAUCACACAUUAGAUGCUUUUACAUUGCAUCUGAGCCACAUUAAGGUUUGUGGUGCUGUGAACCCAUCUUUUGGAAUGUGCCUAAAAGUUACAGGAUUCCCCUGUUCUUUCACACAGCUUUAAGAAGCUGUUCCCAAAUAGGAGGCAGGAAGCUUCUUAUGGAUGGAACACACAUCAUGUGUGCAUUUCCUAAAGUCAUGGUUGUUCAGGUUGUAACACUUAACGCAAUCCAUCCAGGAAGCCUACGGGACCCUUGUUUACUUGCACUCAUGUUACCUCACUCCAGCGGAGCCAGUCUUUCUGAACACAGAGGGAAGGACCAAGCUCGAGAUCUUGCGGGACCAUGUGUCCUUCCAUGGAGCUCCAUGGGAUCACUAAGGUGCUGGAUGGAGGCGGUCUUUGGAGUUGACAGUAUUAGCAAACUGCCCUUCUCCUGAUCAGUAAAAGAAGAGGGUGGGUGCCCAGGAAGAAGCUCAUCCUUUUGUUACUGUUUGAAGUGGUUUGAAGCAGAAUUUGUGGGAAUGCUUGCCUGUUUUCACAGUGCACAAUUUGAUUGUCUCCUAAAUAAACAGUUGCAUUCCAAAUGUGUGAACAUCUUCUUCUGGCAUAAGCAAUAGUAUGGGAGCAGA